AGUGUUUCAACUAAAAUGACUAGCUUUCCUGUACUUUUUAAAGAAAUUUUCGCAAACGCCCACCAAUUCUGCUGUGGCAAGCUUCUUUCUGACGUGUUCGUCUUUCUUUAUGAAGCAUAUGAAAAUGAGGAAGUUCUAAACCGAAAUGUGAGGGUUUUUUUCUCGGUUUUGAAGCACUCUGAAGCAAACACUGCCUGCUAUGUUAGCUCUCUGCAAUGUAGGCGCAAAAUGCCUGGUAGCAAUUGUGUGGAGAGAGACUGUGUGCCGGUUGAAUUGCUGGGAAACCCAAGUAAGAAGAAGCUGGUUUGUAUACAGCGAAUGUGGAAAUCGGGUGAUUACCUGUCAUCAGAAAAGCAUUCUAUUGAGUUUAAACGGAAUUCAGCCAUUUUCCACACAAUCAUAUGUCUCAUAGUUUUAUUGACUGUAAUACCUAUAUUGUUUUUUGCAAUAGGAAGAAAAUCCCAUCAAACACCAUCAGAGUGCCUUCAAGCUGCAUGCCCAGAAGACUGGAUUGGUUUCCAAAGAAAGUGUUUCUAUUUUUCUUAUGACAUCAAAAAUUGGACAUUCAGCCAGAGGUUUUGUGAGUCACAUGAUGCUGAUCUUGUUCAGAUUGAAACCCGUCAGGAACUGGAUUUCCUAUUGCGGUAUAAGGGCCCCUUUGACCACUGGAUCGGGCUCAGCAGGGAACAAGGCCAACCAUGGAAAUGGGUAAAUGGCACUGAAUGGACAAGCUGUUUUCCUAUCAGGGGAGGAGGAGAGUGUGCCUAUUUGAAUGACCAAGGUGCCAGCAGUGCAAGGCAUUAUACAGAGAGGAAGUGGAUUUGUUCCAAAGCGGACAGAUAUGCCAACAUGAGGAUGCAAAAUGCAGCAUAGCUUAUCCCUUGUGAAAAACAUCCCAAUGUCAAAGAAGUUGUUGCCUAUGUCGUCCUCUAGGAUUUUGAUAGUUUACUGUCUCACACUUAAGUCUUUCAUC